GGAUUCGGCGAAGGAAGCUCGUAACAUGGCGGAUGGCGAGGAAGGCUUCGGGCUGCCCAGCACGCCGGCCGAUUCGGAGGCCAAGGAGCUCCAGGCUGAAGCCAAGCAGGACACGCAGCUGGGGGCCAGCAGCAAGUCGCCCACCUCACCCCAAGCAGCCUUCACCCAGCAGGGCAUGGAGGGCAUCAAGGUGUUUUUGCACGAACGCGAGCUGUGGCUGAAGUUCCACGAAGUGGGCACGGAGAUGAUCAUAACAAAGGCCGGGAGGCGAAUGUUCCCCAGUUACAAAGUGAAGGUCACUGGACUCAAUCCAAAAACGAAGUACAUCCUGUUGAUGGAUAUCGUACCGGCGGAUGACCACAGAUACAAAUUCGCGGAUAAUAAAUGGUCGGUGACAGGCAAGGCAGAGCCGGCCAUGCCCGGCAGGCUCUACGUGCACCCCGAUUCCCCCGCCACCGGUGCCCACUGGAUGAGGCAGCUGGUUUCCUUCCAGAAGCUCAAACUCACCAACAACCACCUCGAUCCCUUCGGACAUAUCAUCCUGAACUCCAUGCACAAAUACCAGCCCCGGCUGCACAUCGUGAAAGCGGACGAGAACAACGGCUUCGGCUCCAAGAACACCGCCUUCUGCACCCACGUCUUCCCGGAGACCGCCUUCAUCGCCGUCACCUCCUACCAGAACCACAAGAUCACCCAGCUGAAGAUUGAGAACAACCCCUUUGCCAAAGGCUUCCGAGGCAGCGACGACAUGGAGCUGCACAGGAUGUCCAGGAUGCAGAGUAAGGAGUACCCAGUUGUCCCCAGGAGCACAGUGAGACAAAAAGUGUCCUCGAAUCACAGUCCCUUCAGCGGGGAGAGCAGGGUCCUGUCUGCCUCCUCCAACCUGGGCUCCCAGUACCAGUGUGAGAACGGGGUGUCCAGCACCUCCCAGGACCUGCUGCCUCCUGCCAACCCCUACCCCAUCUCCCAGGAGCACGGCCAGAUCUACCACUGCACCAAGAGAAAAGACGAGGAAUGUUCCACCACCGAGCAUCCCUACAAGAAGCCCUACAUGGAGACCUCUCCAGCGGACGAGGACCCUUUCUACAGGCCCAGCUACCCGCAGCAGCAGGGCCUGAGCACGCCGUACAGGACUGAGUCGGCGCAGCGCCAGGCCUGCAUGUACGCCAGCGCCGCGCCGCCCACGGAGCCCAGCCUGGAGGACAUCAGCUGCAACACGUGGCCCAGCGUGCCCUCCUACAGCAGUUGCACAGUGUCUGCCAUGCAGCCCAUGGACAGGUUACCCUACCAGCAUUUCUCUGCCCACUUCACCUCGGGGCCGCUGGUGCCGCGCCUGGGCAGCGUGGCCAACCACACGUCGCCCCAGAUCGCGGACACCCACGGCAUGUUCCAGCACCAGAGCUCCCACCAGCCCAUCGUCAGGCAGUGCGGACCUCAAACGGGCAUCCAGUCCCCUCCCAGCAGCCUGCAGCCGCCAGAGUUCCUCUAUCCCCACGGCGUGCCCCGAACGCUGUCGCCGCACCAGUACCACUCGGUGCACGGCGUGGGCAUGGUGCCAGAGUGGGGCGAGAACAGCUAACCAGGCCCAGGGCAGUGCCAGAGCCACGGGCAAACCCCGCCAGCGGCAGGAGGCAGAGGAAAAGCGUCCCCCUGUUGAUGACAAAGCGUUU